AAGAAAACAAAAGCACUGGUAUUCCACUUUAUUUAGUCAUUUUAUACACCAUUCUUGGUUUUUAGCCCAAUAAAAAUACAAAUCCCAUCAUCUCAUCAUCCCUAAAGAGCUGUCUUUUUUGCAUAUUUUUAGGGAAAUAUAUGCGUGCAGCUACCGUUCUUGAACACACAUAUAGAUGUAGACUACUCAUGUGUAGCUAUAAAGAUUGAGGCUUUUAGUGUUGUUCUUCUUGAUGGGAGUGUAAAUGGGUUCACUUGAAACUGGGCUGCCAUUGAAGAGGGAUUACCAUCUGCUGCGUUCAUCAUCUCUUAGGAACAGUAAUAAUGGAGUUUUGGGCCAAAGGAGCAGAUCAAGAUUUGCAAGAUUGGUGCUUUCCAAGAGGAUUGACUAUCUGCAGUUGAUUUGCAGUGGCUGCGCAGUCGCUGUUUUCUUCUUCUUUGUUUUCCUCUUCCAGAUUUUCUUCUUGCCUGGCUCUGUCAUGGAGUAUGGAAGUAAAUCUGAGAAAGCCCACGAUUUGUUUAGGAAGAAUGGUGAAGCAAAUUUUGGGGAGUUGGCAUUCUUGAAAGAGUUGGAUUUUGCUGAAGAUAUAAAUUUUGAGCCUUUGAAAUUCAUGGACAAGUUUCAAAAGGAUGCUAAUUUGAUGAAUGGAAUUGUUGGUUCCAAAAGGGUUGUGAGAUUUGGAUACAGGAAACCAAAGCUUGCCUUGGUUUUCGCAGAUCUGUGGGUUGAUCAACAUCAGAUACUAAUGGCUACUGUGGCUACUGCUCUGCUGGAAAUUGGAUAUGAAAUUGAGGUUUUCUCAUUGGAAAAUGGUCCAACACAUGAUGUCUGGAGAAAGAUAGGAGUUCCUAUCAGUGUUAUCACAGCAGAUGAGAACAUGAAAUUCAGUGUAGAUUGGUUAAACUAUGAUGGCAUACUUGUGAACUCUCUUAAAGCUGCAGGUUUCUUGUCUUGUCUUAUGCAGGAACCUUUUAAAAAUGUUCCUCUUGUAUGGACCAUCCAUGAACAAAUACUUGCUGCUCGAUUGAGACAAUAUGUCACAAGUGGCCAGAGUGAGAUUGUGGAUACCUGGAAAAGAGUCUUCUCCAGAGCCACCGUUAUUGUCUUCCCAAACUAUAUUCUGCCGAUGGGUUAUUCUGUAUGUGAUCCUGGAAACUACUUUGUCAUUCCGGGUUCUCCUGAAGAAGCCUGGAGAGCUGAUGAAAAGCAGAUGGUUCCAAUGGAUAAUUCCCGUCCGAAAAUGGGGUAUGGACAAGAUGACUUUGUUGUUGCAGUCGUGGGAAGUCAGCUAUCUUAUAGAGGUCUUUGGCUGGAGCAUGCCUUUAUCUUAAAGGCUUUAUUUCCUCUUCAUACAGACUUUGGUGAUUCAAGUUCUCAUCUUAAAAUCAUCAUCUUGGCGGGUGAUUCCACUAGUAACUACAGUAGCACCGUGGAGACCAUUGCGGACAAAUUGGGAUAUCGAGCGGGAAUGGUGAAGCAUGUCGCUGCUGAUGAAAAUACGGACACUGUAAUAAGCACUGCUGAUCUUGUGAUAUAUGGAUCCUUCCUUGAAGAGCAUUCUUUUCCAGAAAUUUUGCUGAAAGCCAUGUGUUUUGAGAAACCUAUAAUAGCCCCAGAUCUACCAACAAUACGGAAAUAUGUUAGUGACAGGGUGAACGGCUAUCUUUUCCCAAAGGAGGAUACAACGGUUCUGACACAUAUCAUAUCUCAAAUGGUCUCAAACGGAAAACUCUCACUUAUAGCUCAUAAUGCUGCGUCAAUCGGGAAACGUACAGCUAAAAACUUAAUGGUUUCAGAAAGCAUCCAGGGAUAUGCAUCACUGUUAGAAAAAAUUCUCAUGCUCCCGUCUGAAGUUGCAGUCCCCCAGGCUGCCAAAGACAUUCCUCUUAAAUUAAAAGCUGAAUGGCAGUGGCAUCUAUUUGAAGGUAUUGGAGAUACCCAUCCUCCAAACAAAACCAAGAUGAAUUUUUUGGACACGAUUGAGAAGCAAUUGAAUCAUACCAAUGUAGAGUACUCUACUGCUCAGACUGCAUCUAAUGAUACAUUCGUGUAUACCAUUUGGGAAGACCAAAAGCAUACAGAUAUGGCUAGCAUGAGAAAAAGAAGAGAGGAUGAAGAGUUGAAGGAUAGAACUGAUCAACCACGGGGAACAUGGGACGAAGUGUAUCGAAAUGCCCGAAGACCUGAUCGUUCAUUGCACGAAAGAGAUGAAGGAGAACUUGAAAGGACAGGCCAACCACUAUGUAUUUAUGAACCAUACUUUGGAGUAGGAACAUGGCCCUUUUUGCACAAUACUUCGCUUUAUAGAGGGCUUGGGCUGUCUACAAAAGGUCGAAGACCUGGAGCUGAUGAUGUUGAUGCACCUUCUCGUCUGCCACUAUUAAAUAAUGGUUACUAUCGAGACGCCUUAGGAGAAUAUGGUGCUUUCUUUGCAAUUGCCAAUCGGAUUGAUCGUAUACAUAAAAAUGCUUGGAUAGGAUUUCAAUCCUGGAGAGCUACAGCGAGAAUGAGAUCUCUGUCUAAGACUGCUGAAAAAUCAUUGCUGGAUGCUAUUGAAGCCCGAAGACACGGGGACACCUUGUACUUCUGGGUGCGUUUGGACACUGAUCCAAGAAAUCCAUCAAAGCAGGAUUUCUGGUCAUUCUGUGACGCUAUAAAUGCUGGGAAUUGUCAGUUGGCGUUCUCGGAGGCUCUGAAAGAGAUGUAUGGCAUAAAGCAUAACUUGAGUUCUCUUCCUCCAAUGCCUUCGGAUGAAGGGACUUGGUCGGUAAUGCAUUCCUGGGUUUUACCCACUAAGUCCUUCAUGGAGUUUGUUAUGUUUUCGAGAAUGUUUGUGGACGCACUUGACGCACAAUUCCAUGACGAUCAUCAGAAAACCGGGCACUGUUAUCUCAGUUUGCCAAAGGACAAGCAUUGCUACUCUCGUUUGCUCGAGUUACUGGUAAACGUUUGGGCAUACCAUAGUGCAAGAAGAAUAGUAUAUGUCGACCCAGAGACGGGUUUCAUGCAAGAACAACACCGGCUGAAAGGCCGUAGAGGUCAAAUGUGGAUUAAGUGGUUCCAGUACAGCACUCUCAAGAGCAUGGAUGAGGACUUGGCCGAGGAAGCAGAUUCCGACCACCCCAGAAGACGAUGGCUUUGGCCGUCAACCGGUGAGAUUUUUUGGCAAGGUACAUAUGAAAAGGAGAGGAAUCUGAGAAAUAAAGAAAAAGAAAAGAAGAGGCAACAGAGUAAAGAUAAAAUCCAACGGAUGAGGAAACGAACACAUCAAAGAGCCCUAGGGAAGUACGUGAAGCCUCUGGCAGACGAAGCCAACUCGACAGUUCUUGAAGCUAAGCUCUUGAGGUAGUACCUAUUCUUUUGUCCCAUUUUUUCAUUUUUAUUCGAGACGGGAUGCUUAGGAUUAGAGUAUAUGUAUCUGAGAUGUAUUUAGUUUGCAUCCUUCUGAUGUUUUCAGGGUUCUUUAGUGUAUACCAAUUCUUUCCUAUUUAUAUUUUUUCGAUUUGUACAUGUGAACUCUGCUGUCUUGGAGAUCUGGGAUGGAUUUGUUGCAAAAAUUAUGAGGAGAAGAUCUCUGAGUUGUUGCUUAGUUGUCUUGGCAGUGAUUUCUAACAACAUGCUUAUAAUUAAUUUGACAGAGACAUCAGAUCC